GCUGCAGGAGGAUUACACUGAGUCAUCUGCUAUAGUGGACACCAUCUUGUUAUGUUUGGGAGGUGAGAAAGAAUUAGACAUGCACGGCUCUGCACAGUAGCCUACACAGGUUUAAACUGGGGACCCUGGAGCUGUAAGGUGGCAAGAAAUAUUUGCAAUAAAAAUGUGUUUUUAUAUAUGCACAUGAGAAUAAAAACUGAAUUUCUAACCAGGUAUUCUGCUUUAAAAAAGAUCAUCUGUCAACAACUCCUGAUCUUUUCCUUUUAUGGCCUGUUUGCUGUCGGUUAGUAAAGCAGUGGUGUCUUUUACUUCUUAACGGCUUUUCAAAUGGCUGGAUGCCCAAAACCUGAGAAAUGAAUUUUCACUGGUUUCUUAGUUUCAAAAUUACUUGAUUUCUUCCCAUCAUCACCGCUCUCUUGAUUUAAUGAUGGUUUAUAAUUUUAUUAAAUAUAGUCUUUAGAGGACAGACCCAAUGCUAUGACCAAGAGUAGACAAUCCAAGCUAUGUAGUGUUAAAAUAAUCAAUCUAACAGGGCCACCAGAUGAUCAAGAAACACAUGUCCGCCACAUGGUCCAUUAUUUUGGAUCACUUGAAAAAUUGGUUCAAUCAAAAAGUGCCCGAUUUUCAUCUGUUUAUGAUUUCUAGGUGUAAAUAUCAUGGAAUGGAAGCGAAAAUGCUGUUCUGUCGCCUUACAAUGAUCAUCAAACCCAAAUGAUUUUUGUUCGGAAGAGACUUUUAUAGCACGUGUAAAUUGACAAGUGCGUGUUUUAUACCAGUAGAGGGCGCCCGAAACUGUAAUAAUUUUCUUUAUACAUUUGCAAACGUUUUCGCAUAAAAAUACUUUAUAAAAUUAUAAACGCUAUACAUUUUUAUUGAUUUCCUUUACCAUUUAUAAACUGCCUAGUUUGAAGUUUUUUUAUAUAUAGUUCAGCAACUAUAGAAGCGAUUGUGAGUCGGAACCUAAAUAAUGAGCUAUGUUUCCAACCGGAAAUAAUUUAAUGGCGGUCCGAUUUUUCUUGUUACCUUGGCAACCAGAAACGAACUAGCUGAAGUUGUGCAGUAUUGUGGUGGGUUAUGAUGGACAUUCAGGAUACAAGUCUGAUCGCCAGCGAGGAAAAUAUUGUUGAGAUGACAGCUUUGGACGGUGAGGAGGAAUUUGCUGUCUCAAAAUCAUCAGAUGCAUCUGAUGCAUUGUUUGAUACUGUCAUUGGGAAUAUUGAGGAUAUCAUCAUGGAUGAUGGCUUCCAGAGCAUUCAGCAAUCCUUCAUGGAGAAGUAUUACCUGGAGUUCGAGGACACUGAAGAGAAUAAGCUCAGUUAUACAAUAAUUUUUAAUGAAUAUAUUGAGCUUUUGGAGAAGUAUCUGGAACAGCAACUGAUAGAGCGGGUUCCUGGGUUUAACAUGAACGACUUCACUCAUUCUCUGAAGCAACACAGAGACGAAGUCUCAGGGGAUAUAUUUGACAUGCUGCUCACCUUCACAGAUUUCAUGGCCUUUAAAGAGUUGUUCCUUGACUACAGAGCCGAGCGAGAAGGAAGGGGGCUAGACCUUAGUGCUGGUCUGCUGGUGAAGUCCCUGAGAUGAUCCAGUUUGAGAGCAGUCUCACACCUCUGUGAUAAACUCUUUCUAAACCACCUUCAUUUCAGAUAUAACCAAAAAAACCUGACAUUGUCACACACUCCCUGUAAUUUGGCUUGUUUGUACAGCUUGUUUUUUUUCCCUCUAUAUGAUCUGGUCCUAGAUUGCUGCCAUAUUAGCUUAUAUAGGACCAUGCUUUUGUUUUGGUUUAAUAUUUAAACUUGAUGUUAAUAAUUCCUGCUUUCUAGUGCACAUCCUUGCACAGUAUUUUGAACGUUUACUCAGAGAUUCAGAUUUUCUCUCUCUACUGUCUGAAAUGUUGUUAUCGUACUGUUACAUUACAGGUGAAUGUGUGUUGAAAGAGUAAAGCUGCUGUAGUGUUUGUACGUGCA